CGGGGUUUUUUGCUCUCCAUCAACUACAACUAAUAUACGCAUAUUUCCUCACAUCAAAUCCCUUGUUCACUAUGGAUCCUGGAUACAAGUUACUUCAACAUAUUAAGACCGUUCCCAACUUGAUCAAUGAAGACCCUAGCAUUACCACUCCCAAGAACUCGAGCUUUAUGGAUCUGCCUUGGUCCCAGUUCUCCACUCUGCUGAAUCGUCGAUCUUCCGAUUCCAGUGCUUCCGUUGUUUCCGGUUCCAGCACGCCAUCUCUGUCAGAAGACGAGUCCGUCGAGGAUGUGUCCCUAGGUAAUUGGGAUUCCAUGACCGGUUACCAGGACGGUCAACAUAUACCUAUGCUUCGCUAAACCCCUGGCUGGAGCUCGAUUGACCAUUUCAUUUGACUUUUUUUUCAAAUUUUCGUGAUCAAAUUUUCGUUAUUUUUUUACUCUAUUCUAUGUCUCAUUUCCACUUGAAUCGUUUCUUUCAUCACAAACCUUGCAUAUCAUCUUCCACCAGAUAAAUUGUUAGUUCCAAAUAAAUGAAUUGAUACAUACAAAUCUCAUUUGGGAAAUUAGCGAUUUUGUAAAUCACAUGAUCUACACUAAGUCAUCAGGACCU